CUACUCACAGGCGCACAGUGUUCAAUGAACAAAUUUAGCGGAAACAUGGGAAGAGCAAUUCUCGCGCUCUUUUCGCUAACCUGUCUGUUGGUAGUUUCAAAUGUAGUAGCUGCUAAUGGAAGGCAACGGUACGAUAACUAUGGAGUGUACAGAAUCGAUAUAGAAACGCAGGAGCAGCUAGCCCUAUUGCAACAGCUGGAAUCUACGCGCAAUAAGUUGAGAUUUCUAGAUUAUCCAGCUCAAGUUAACAUGAGCGUUGAAGUUGCAGUGGCUCCCACUGAUGCGAAAAGCAUGAAGGACCUCUUUAAAACCCACAACAUGCACACUACGCUGCUGACUAGUAACUUACAGAAGAUCAUCGAUGAAGAACGCCCGGCUCGUCGUAAAAAACUGGAAGGAUUCGGUUGGGAGGAUUACUAUACACUGGAUGAAAUUUACGAGUGGAUCGAUACGAUGGUUCAGCAGUACCCAACCGUACUCACGGUGAAUUCGAUCGGUCGCACAUAUGAAAACCGGGACAUGAAAGUCAUAAAGUUGUCAUAUAAACCAGGCAACCAAGCCAUUUUCAUCGAGGCCAACAUUCACGCACGAGAGUGGAUUACUUCGGCUACCGUUACUUGGAUACUGAACGAGCUGCUCACUUCGGAAGAGCCUAGGGUGCGCUAUUUGGCCGAGAACUACGAUUGGCAUAUCGUGCCCGUUUCCAAUCCGGACGGUUUUGAGUAUAGCCACACUACGGAUCGUCUAUGGCGUAAAACCCGAAACCAACACAAUACUCUCUGCUUCGGAACAGACCCGAAUCGGAACUUUAACUUCCAGUGGAACAAUGGUGGAACCUCUAUGACACCCUGCUCGGAUACAUACUCGGGACCGGAACCCGAAUCCGAGGUAGAAGUGAGCAACAUUUCGAACUACGUCAAGUCAGUAGCAGCCGGCGUGAAACUGUUCCUUUCGAUUCACUCACGCGGACAGCUGAUUCUGUGUCCGUUUGGCUACCAAGAUGCUCCAAGAGCAUACAAUUACCGGGAUCUAAUGCAAAUCGGUCAACGUGCCUCGGUCGAUAUGUACAAAGUGCACAGCAAACCGUACCGCGUAGGAACCACAUCGGAUGUGCUGUAUGUUGCGUCGGGGAUUGCCGUUGAUUGGGCGUUCGCCGUGGGAGGUAUCCCACUUGCGUACACGUUCGAGUUGCGCGAUCAAGUCGAGUUCGGGUUCAUUCUUCCGGCCGAUCAAAUUGUGCCUAACGCUCAAGAGCUUCUGGAGGGAUUCAUUGCGAUCGUCGAUGAGGCGAAGGUGCUGGGCUACAUAUUACUGGAGAAGUUUUUUCGUAUAAUCGAUGCAGAUAAUAGGGCACCCUAUAAAAGCUACCUGGACGCGAUGCGGUCAGUAUCGAUUAGAACGAUGUGGAUUAAGCUUACUCUCCUGGUGCUGGCCUCCGUUGCCUGCGGAGUUUUCUCCGAGCAAGCCCGCUACGACAACUACCGUGUCUAUGAGGUGUCCAUCGAAACGCACCGCCAACUGCAAGCCCUCCAGCAGCUCGAGCUGAAUCCCGAUGGCUACCGGUUCUGGGAGUCACCGGUUCAAACGAACAUGCGCCUCAGCAUUGUCGUGCCACCGCACAAGUUUGCCCACUUUGAGGAAAUUACCAGUGCCCUCGCCAUGAAGACGCGCCUACAGAUCGAGGACUUCCAAAAAGUAAUCGACAACGAGCGUCCCAUGCGUGAUAGCCGUGCCACCUUCGGAUGGACGGAUUAUUACACGGUGGAAGAGAUCUACGCCUGGAUGGAUGAGAUCACUGCCCAGAACCCUUCCAUCCUUUCCGGCACAGUGUACGGCAAAUCGUUCCAAGGGCGUGACUUGAAGGCCAUCAAGCUAUCGCACAAGGCAGGAAACCCCGGCAUCUUUAUUGAAGCCAACAUCCACGCUCGCGAGUGGAUUUCGUCGGCCACGGCUACGUGGUUGCUGAACGAGCUACUCACUUCCACGAACCCAGCUGUGCAGGAUUUGGCUCAGAACUAUGAUUGGUACUUUAUUAUGGUAGCUAAUCCUGAUGGCUUAGCCUACACCAAAACGACGGAUCGCCAAUGGCGUAAGACUCGUCAACCGGUUAAUGCCCUGUGUGUCGGAACUGACCCGAACCGGAACUUUGACUACUUCUGGAUGAAUGGUGGAGCAUCGUCCGUACCCUGUUCGGAUACCUUCGCUGGAUUAACGGCGUUUUCGGAACCGGAAACGAAGGCCAUGGCCGACUACUACGCGACUAUUGCCAGCAACAUCAACAUUCAGUUCUCGUUCCACUCCUAUGGUCAGUACCUGUUGACGCCCUUCGGCUACAGUGGUGCUCCCCGUCCUUCCAAUGAUGCUGAUCUCCAACGAAUUGCUGCUGUGACUGCAUCGGCAAUCCAGGCUACCUUCGGCACUCGCUACACCUAUGGCAACAGUGCUACGACACUUUACGUUACCUCCGGAAGCACUGUUGACUACUUCGUAGGAGUGCACGGCACGAAGCUCGGAUACACCUUCGAGUUCCGUGAUACCGGUGCUACCGGUUUCGUACUGCCAGCUAACCAGAUCAUUCCCAACGCUCAAGAAACGCUGAACGGCAUUAUUGCCUUCGUCGCUGAAGCUAAAGUUCUUGGUUACGUAUAAAU